AUGCUGACUUUGCCGUUUAUCUUGGUUUGCUAUGUCAAACAUUUGCUUCUCCAAACAGCAUCAACAGCAAGAGCAAGAGCAGCAACAUUACCUAAUUUAAACUACUCUCAGGAAUAUCUAAGGUAUUUCAGGCGAACAAGAGAAUGGCGUUACAUUCCACGUGGCAAAAAUUGUGGUCCUUUGCGUAAUCACUUAAAUGAAUCAUUUGCUUUCGUAAUAGAAAAAAACAAGCCAUGCAACAAACAUGACAAGACAGUCAUUAUAAAGACCAAUGAACAGAACCCCUAUUUCGAUUUGGUUCUUAUUAACGGCUUGGAAGGGGGACAUGAACUGAUUACACUGCUGGAAAAGAAUAUUGAUUUCGAUGUCUCUUCGGCAGCGUGGGGCGCCUAUAAUUCGAGGAGAGAUAGUUGCACAAUUUCUAUAGAUCAAGCUGAUGAAAGCGGUUCUGUUAAGAAAAGAGAACGCAAAACGUGUUUAACUGUUUUAUUAAGACUUGCAUUCAAAAUGGACAGUGCUUCUUUUAGUUUUCUCUUGCAUGAACCAGACUACCUCUAUGAAGCUGAUAACAGGUGCUAUGAUACUAGAUAGCCAAAUCUAAAGAUGGCUCAUGCCUUUUUUUCCCAUAAGAAAACCCACAACACUACUAUCCUAACACCUAUUGAUCCUCAAUCCUGAUAGCGUCCACAACCCCUAGGAAGAUGUUAGUAGGCUAAACUCUAAACGCUUUUAUCCUAGGACC